AUGAUACACAGAUGCGAGAGCUUUGCUGAGCAGGGAUGUACCGGAUAUGCCACGUCUCGUAGGAAAAGGCUUGUGAUGGACGUGACUAGCGACGACAAUGUCAGACUCGUCGUGCAGUCCAUUCUGCAAGAGCAGGGGAAAAUCGACAUCGUUGUGAACAAUGCCGGUGCUAUUGCCAUUGGACCGUUGCUUGAUCUUUUGAAACCAACACGUUUCUCAAUCCUGCGGGUUGCGAAGGCUGUCAUACCCUCCAUGGUGGAACAAAAGCAAGGGCUUGUCAUCAACAUUGGCUCCUGCCACUCCAUGGAAUGGAUUAUAUGCGCAGCAAAGGCGGGCACCUUUGGCGUUAAAGUGAUGUUGGUGGCGCCAAGUUGCGCGGCCAACCUUGAAUUGUCCUCUACGUCCAUCUUCAAGGCUUACUUUGAUCGGGUGUACGAACGAAUGCAUAUUAGUCAAGAGGCCAAGGGAGCAUGCCUACAGACCAAUGUUGCACGAAGUGUAGUCGCAAAGGCGCUGGGUCCCAACCCUCCAAGUUAUAUGACACUUGGGGCUGGCUCGGGUAUUUUGCAUUCUUAG